AUGCUUGCCAGACGAGAGGUGGUUCCGCCCAAGCCAUUUCGAAUUUUGGACGCACCCUUUCUACGGGACGACUUUUAUUGCUCGACUCUGGCAUACUCGUACACAGCAGGCGUUCUCGCUGUGGGUCUUGCCGAAUAUGUCUAUCUGUGGUCCGAAGGCUUCCCCGUAGAUCAUCCGCCCUUUGGAGAGAUUCAUCCAUCAAACUACGUGACGUCCCUUUCGUUUUCGUCGGAGGACGGAGGACGGAGCAUACUCGCCGUCGGCCGUCAGACCGGUCAAUUAACUCUCUGGGGUUUCUUCGAGGCUAAGGUACGCUUUGAGCUCAGCCAUGCCAACAGCAUCUCUUGUGUGUCAUUCAAACCCAAGACUUCGCGCCGGCCCUCGGAGAGAUAUACAAAUUUGAUAGUCGAUGCAGAAGACCUUGCUGUUGGAGAUGACGUGGGCAACCUCUGGUACUACUCGGUCGAGUGGCCGGAGAUGCACAGCAAGUGUAGUUGGACAGGCUCUAUGACAUUGCUUGCCAAAAUCUCCGCGCACUCGCAGCAAAUCUGCGGGCUGGCAUGGUCUCCCGAUGAGCGGUUCCUUGCAACUGGUGGUAACGAUAAUGCCUGUCUGCUGUUUGACCUACGUGAAAUCAUCCCUGUGUCGUUCAGCCCCAGGCCCGUCUCUCUUUUGUCAACCGAUGCUUCGUCGGGUAGUAUGAGCGUCCGCGCUCUACCGCGCCUCAAUCUGAGUACUACACCACGGCAAUAUCUCAGCAGGCACCAUCUCGUUAGCCAUCUUCUCCCAUCAUGGGUCCAACCGCCACCCAUCAGGCCUCCUAUCGCAGCCCCCCUUCUCAGCCACACGGGGACUCUCAUCUCGGGCAGUGGUAAAACUGUUAUCAUCCCUUCGAACCGCCAGAAGCACCGCUUACCGCAUGCCGCCGCUGUCAAAGCGAUCGCAUUUGCCCCGUGGCAACCAUCGCUGCUCGCGACAGGAGGAGGGACUAACGACCGCGCAAUUCACUUCUUCCACACCCGAACGGGUGUCUGCCUCGCGACCAUCAAUGUGUUUGCGCAAGUGACUAGUCUGAUCUGGAGCCAGACCCGGCGCGAAAUUGCCGCAACCUUUGGGUACGCCCAGCCCGACCACCCGUUCCGAAUCGCCGUCUUUGCCUGGCCCAGCUGUUCCCAGGUCACCGUCAUCCCCUGGGGGCCGUAUGGAACCAGCUGGGACGGACCUGAUCCUGAGCCCGGUUACGACAGUGGACGCGCGCUGUGGGCUGUGAGUUAUCCGGGACGAGCUCCCCGACCGCCGAGGACCAUGCCAGAUAGUUCCGACAUACUCACUCCGACUCCCUCCCGAAUGCCUACUCCUUCGACCACGCGCUCACAGUCGCCAGAGCACAGAAACGAUGCACCCCGCCGGCGCAAGAGAAGCCGCCGUGCUGUUCGGCCCAAAGAGAAAGAGGGCGGCAUGUGGUGCUCGCGCACUAUGGAAGAAGGAUGCAUCAUCGUCGCAUCGAGCGACCAGACCGUCAAGUUCCAUGAAGUCUGGGCAGGCCGACGCACGACUAUUGGGUCUGCGGCGUGCGGGCUGCUCGGUGGCAGCGAUAUUCUGGAGGGCAUGGAGGGAAUCGAGAAGUCCGGCGGGGAAGUCAUUCGCUAG